AUGUUUAAGUUACCGUUAUUGUUAGCUUUCGUUUUUGGUUUAUUGACCUGUCAAUUAGUACUCGCAGAAGAUUUUCCAGAAGUCGAAGUUGUGGGUAACAAGUUUUACUUCAAAAACAAUGGUUCUCAAUUUUUGAUGAGAGGUAUUGCUUACCAACAAAACACUGAAAACUCCACUUCUAAGGAAUUCGUUGAUCCUCUUGCUGAUGGUGAUGCUUGUAAAAGAGAUGUUGAGUAUCUCCAAAAGUUGAACACCAACACAUUAAGAGUUUAUGCACUUAACCAUUCUAAGAAUCACGAUGAAUGUAUGAAGACUUUCGCUGAUGCUGGUAUCUACAUCAUUGCUGAUUUAUCUGAACCAGAACUUUCUAUUAAAAGAGAUAGUCCAUCUUGGGAUUUGGAAUUAUACGAAAGAUACACUGGUGUUGUUGAUCAAUUUGCAAACUAUUCGAAUGUUUUAGGCUUCUUCGCAGGUAACGAAGUUACUAACAAUAAAUCCAACACUGAUGCUUCUGCGUUCGUGAAGGCUGCUAUCAGAGAUACCAAGAAGUACAUUUCAGACAAGGACUAUAGAGAAAUUCCUGUUGGUUACUCUUCAAAUGAUGAUGAAGACACUAGAAUUGCAAUUGCUGACUACUUCUCUUGUGGUGAACUUGAUGAAAGAGCUGAUUUCUUCGGUAUUAACAACUACGAAUGGUGUGGUGAUUCCAGCUUUAAGUCUUCAGGUUACGAGGACCGUACUAAAGAAUAUAAAAACUUGACUAUCCCUGUUUUCUUCUCUGAAUACGGUUGUAAUGCUAAAAGGCCAAGAAAGUUCACAGAAGUUGGUACCAUUUUCAGUGAUGAUAUGACUGAUGUGUGGUCUGGUGGUAUUGUUUACAUGUAUUUCGAAGAAGCAAACAAGUAUGGUUUAGUCUCAACUAGCGGUGACAAUGUUAAAACAUUAGAUGACUUCAAAUAUUAUUCAUCUGAAAUUAAUAAGAUCUCACCAUCUUACGCUAAGAAGUCCUCUGUUAAACUGGCUUCUAAUACUCUUUCCUGUCCUGCAUCCGCCUCGACUUGGAAAGCUGCAUCUAAGUUACCUCCAACUCCAGAUAAGGAUACAUGUAACUGUAUGUCAAAAACUUUGGGAUGUGUUGUUUCUGAUGACGUUGAUGAAGAAGACUACGGUGACUUGUAUGGAACUGUUUGUGGUGAGAUUGAGUGUGACUCUAUUAACGCCGAUGGUCAAAAGGGUAAGUAUGGUGCUUUCUCUUACUGUUCCAGUAAAGAUAAAUUGUCUUAUGUCUUGAAUGAGUACUAUGAGAAGAAUGGUAAGCUGAGUUCCGCUUGUGAUUUCAAGGGUUCUGCUUCUAUUAAUAAAAAGGCUUCUUCAGCUGAUAAGUCCUGUUCUUCAAAGAUUUCCAAGGCUACCAAGGGCGGAUCUAGUUCCUCAGGUUCUUCUUCUGAUUCUAGUUCGGGUUCUGAUUCGGGUUCGGGUUCUGGUUCAAGCUCUGGUUCUGGUUCCGACUCAACUUCUACUAAGCUGUCUUCUGGUAACUUAUCAAUGAAGAGCAUCUCAAAGGGUGAGUUAUUGACAGUUGUCGGUAUGGUCACCUGUUUCGUUGGUGGUAUCUCAUUCGUAUUAGUUUAA